AUGGCGGCUGAGGGUGAGGUGCUCCGAUCUGCUCAGCUGGGUGUCAGAGUCAGGAGAGGCCCUGACUGGAAGUGGGAUGACCAGGACGCAGGAGGUGCAGGCACCACGAAGGAAGGCGCCAAUGCCGAGGGCUGGGUGGCCGUGAAAUGGGAUGCCGGUGGUGAGAACAACUACCGAGUAGGUGCACAAGGAGAGUACGACCUGAUGGUCGCAAGAGAUCCUAUGCCUGCAGUCCUGAGGUUUGCACAGAGUGGACUCAGAGUGAGGAGAGGACCAGAUUGGAAGUGGGGUGACCAAGACGGAGGAGGUCCUGGCACUACCCUUUCUGGGGAUGAUCAUGAUGGUUGUGUUUGGGUGAAAUGGGAUGCAGGCCGGCGCAACAAGUACCGAAUCGGUGCCGAAGGGAGCUACGACCUCAUCAUCGACUCCGCGCAGCCCGUGGAAGUUCUGAAGUCCGCUCAGUUGGGCGUCCGAGUGAAGAGAGGGCCUGAUUGGAGGUGGCAGGAUCAGGAUGGAGGAGGUCCAGGCACCACGGUGCCAGGUGCUGAUGAAGAUGGCUGGGUUCGUGUAAGGUGGGACCGCGCCACAAGGGCCAACAACUACAGGGUCGGUGCACAAGGAAGUCAUGACUUGGUCAUCGACUUCUCUCCACCUACUCCUACUCCUUCCGGAUCUGGAGAAGUGUUGAAAUCAGCACACUUGGGCAUCCGCGUGAGGAGGGGACCUGAUUGGGACUGGGGACCCCAGGAUCAUGGAGGCCUCGGCACCACCAUCCAAGGCGACACGGAAGAAGGGUGGGUGCGAGUGCGCUGGGAUUUGGGUGGUGAAAACAGCUACCGGGUGGGUGAACGAGGCAAAUAUGAUUUGAUCGUGGAUGCGACCUCCCCACCCUACGCACGCCCCGUUCCAGGCGAGGUCUUACGGACUGCAGAGGCGGGUAUCCGUGUGAGGAGAGGUCCUGAUUGGGAUUGGGGUGACCAGGAUGGAGGAGGCUUAGGCACCACUGAGGCUGACUCAGAUCCAGGCUGGGUGACUGUGAAGUGGGACCACAGUGGCCGAACAAACAGCUAUCGGGUGGGGAAGGAGGGCAACUAUGAUUUGAUCGUCGCGGAGCUGGAGAGCCACAUCCGUGUGGGGGAUCGCGUGAGGUUCACACAAGAAGCUGGAGACGUCAGCUUUUCCGGAUGCCCUGGAAGGACGCUGGCCUUCUCUGUGGGUGACACCUAUGUCGUCAGGGAAGUCCGUGAGGGCUGGUUCACCACAAGGCAGUGGGAGAACCUUUGGGCCCCCCCUGGGUGCAGUCGAGCCCGACACUGCGGCGGAAGCCGCGAGUGA